UCUGGGAGCAGGGAGAGCGGGCUGAUGCAGCUGGACCGACUCCUCUGGACGAGAACAACACCGAUGCGCUGUCACCGCAGAACAAUUUGAGAACACGGUCGAGGAUUAAACAUGAGAGACUACACGGCCACUCCGAGCCACGGAGGCGCCUGCAUGCCGUGCUGCCAAGUUUGCGUCUUCGCCUUUACCGCAUUUCUCAUCGUUGCAGAGAGGACUGCGCUGAUCUACUGCUUUGUGUACUAUCUGUGGAUAGGUCACAACUACUGCUACGCCCAUCUGGCCGGCUUCACUGCACUGUUCCUGCUCCCAGGUUGGGGUCCUCAGUGGCUCAGUUAUCUGUGGUACCUGUCUGAUGGACGGAUCCGCAGGAAGUCUCUCAGGUGGACGCACAUACUGCAUCUCGGUAUCUUUAAAAGGCUGUGGGAGUGUAUGCGUCUGCCAGAUGAGGAUGUGUAUAGUGAGAUCAUGCAGCAGGCUGAUGCCUCUGCCUUACGUCUGUUUGAGGCCUUGGUGGUCACGCUCCCCGAGACGCUGCUGCAGACCUAUGUACUCAUCUGCACUGACAUAGGACUCAAAUCUCCAGCCUCGGUGUGUUUUGUGGUGUGUUUGUUGUCUCUCGCCUGGGCCUUGGUCCUUUACGCCAGAGCUUGUUCACUCAUCAGACCUGGACACUUACAUAUGACCCCUGCUGCCAUUCUCUGUCGACUGCUGUGGAGGGUCAGCAUGUUGGGAUCUAGGUUUGCUGUACUCAUGCUCUUCACACGUAUCUUCAAACAGUGGAUCCUGGGAGUGAUCGGUGUACAUUGGCUGGGUGCAACUUUCUGGAUGGUGUCCCAGCAGACCGACAUCGUAAAUUCACCCGGUCAAUGGAGCCUCUUCAACCUUAUUCUGGGGGCCAUUCAUAUCUUUCUCUUCCUCAAUGUGAAGUACGGUCAAUCCAGAUACCGCAUGGCCGGGUUCUACCUGGCAAUGUUCUUAGAAAAUGCUUUUCUUCUUCUGGCCUCCUCCUGGCUCUUUACCAUGGUGUCCUGGGACACUGUGGGCAUCCCAGCUGCAGUGUUCUGCAGCUUCCUUAUUGGGGUGAUAGCGUUGGUGCUGUACUACCGUUUCCUCCACCCUAAGUCUUUUGAGAUCUUCCAAAGUAUUCGCCACAGGGGGAUAGGUGGAGCCUGCACGGAGCGUGGAUCUACGCUUUCACUGGAAGAGAAAGUCACGCCCACUUUCCAUCGCCAUGCAACACUGUCUGGAGGUGGGACCCUCAUGGACCUUCCUCGCCAAUGGGAGGGCUGGAAUCAUCACCACUGGCUGCUUAUUUGCUUGGCUAUGAAGACUGGGAGUAUUUCGACUAUCUGGUCUGCGUAUGGUGAGGGCGGACUAGCCGGACUGAUGGGUCUGUCUGAAGAACUUCAUUCCCCCGAUGAGCAUUAUGUCCCUCGGGUUCCACCUGUUCAGCCGCAGGUUCCUCAGAUCUCGCCACCAGCUCCUCCUCCGGCUCCCCCACAGACCCAGACACCACAGGUGACAGAGGUGGUCCAGCCACCAAAGCCAGCUCAUGCCAGUAUAGUGGCCCGACCGGUGAGGAAAGCUCCUCCCACAUCGAUCCAGGAUAUGAGAAGGUUUCCAGAGAUCAUCCCAGUACAGGAGGUUAUUUUAGAAGAGACCGCAGAAGAAGAUUCCAGCGCCCCUCCAUCAGAGGACAAAGGUGACGAGGAGUUCCAGAGUGCAGCUUACGGCUCUCCAUCACUCUCAUCUCCUCAACAAGGUGGAAGCCUCCGCCACAUCGACAGCAACGCUGCAACUCUGACAGAAGUCUCGUCCUCCGUGGGUUCUCUGGACAUCAAGACGCCCGGCUGGUCACCUGAGCGACGGUCCCCUCUCCUGAUCGGUUCCCCGGAGAACAAAUCGGGGAUCCCCGGAGAAUCCAGCACUACGCUGUAUUUCAGCGCAGACGCACAGUCUCCCUCCAGUGGGAGCUAUCUCGGUUGGGGCUCAGAGCUGUCGCCCUUCUCCGGCUACAGAACCCCCUAUCGGAUCAGGGAGGCCCGUUUUGUCACAUCCACCCCACGAAUGGAGGAGCCUCGAGCAGGGGCUGAAAGUCCAAGCCUGACCCCUGUUGUUGUCACUCCCGCCACUCCUGGCACAACACCAGGCGCUACCCCAGGUGGGACCCCUGGUAAUUCAACACCUGCCGCUUCAACUCCGGGUACUUCAACACCUGCAGCGUCAACUCCAGGGGCUACAACACCUGCAGCUUCAACUCCAGCAGCUUCAACCCCCGGUGCUACUGCGCCUGGCAUCCAAAUCGUUCCCCUCACUCCGGUCAUUUCCCACGCUCGCAAACAGAUGGUCCAGUUUGUGGACAGUAGAGAGAGAGCAGUGUAAGGAGGAUAGGGUAAUGGGUGAGGAAAAUCCUGGGUGAGGAAUGGUGUCUUUUCUAGUUUAGCUGUGGCAUGAAAUCAUGCAUUCACUAACAUCUGGUUAAGAGGUCUUUUCAUUUCACCACCAACCAUCGAAGGAUAAUAGACAGUGUAAAUUAUAUUUUUCCCCUUGUGCAGAGAAUUAAAUGCAGAGAUGUAGCGGUGUGUGUGUGGAUGCUCAGGAGGGUCGAGGGAUAAUUAGAGCAGUUGCCUUAGGAAGGUAUGAAUAGCAUGAACCUCCUCAUGUUUUUUGCUGUUUGCAGGAAGAUUAAAAAAAACUAUUUAUGUCCUUAUGUGAGAAAUUAAAGUGGUUACCAGUGACAAAUACUGGUUUAUAGAGAGAACCGUCAGUUUCAGAUUUGGGAGAAAUUUCACUUCUAUAGUUUACGUUAACCAGUUGCUAAGAAAAGAAAUAUUAAAAUAUGACUUUACACAAAGGCUGAAUUUUAAAUAGCAACAGACAAUCACAUUGAAACAAUAGAUAUAUAAGGAACAAGGCAAAGUAUUGCAAAGGAACCAAACCUGCUGACAGCCCGGCUAUUUCACUUUUUAUUUCGAUUUUCUUAACUGUAGAUGAUGUCAAAAAUCCCGUCCGCUGUUCAGGAAUCCACUCAUCCACUCAGUCCAUCAGGUGCUUUCUAUGUUGACUGUACAGCACACAGCUGGUGUUUACACCCAUCACUGUCAUACAUGGAAAAACAGACGUCCUAAUUUCUUGUAAAAUGACUCAAUAGAAGUGUCUGUCCUCGUUUCAGUAAAACUAUCAGACGGACAAAGACUAAAAGCAAAGGCUUAAAGUGCAUAUAGCAUAUAGCUUAUAAAAACAUAUAAAAUGAAGGAAGAUUUCCCUUUGCUAAUUAUUUGUUUGCUUUAAAUGCAAUGCAAUAAUUUCACUCAGUCUGCACUUUACUACACAAAAGUUACAGCUGGUUCAUGGUUUUCCAUCUCAGUUGUUGUAGCAUGACAUUUUGCAAACUACACUUCAGUUGUAACGAGGAAAUUUAUGAAAGGUCAACUGAGCAAUAUAGUAUAUUCAAGGAGAAUAACCUGAUGCUUCCCUGUUUUAAUUAUUUAUCUCAUAUUAUUAAGUUGCUGAUUACAUGUUUUAAGGUUUUAGUGAACAAAUAUCAUUUAUAUUUGACUUGUUAAUAAAAUUAUUUGACUUAUCUAGAGGCUUGGAUACGAUGAAGAACAACAGACAGAAAGAGAGGAAGAAACUUUAAUGAACACCUCUGACAAUCACAUCUUGUCUCUUGUUGUAACUGAAGGAAGUUGAAUGGUGACAAGUUAUAAUGUGUGAUACAAGAUAGUGAUCUGCAGUAGCAGCAUUUGUCUGUCGUGUGCGUUGUUAAUGUGAACAACAUCAUGUAUAGAUUAACGUUUACUUCAUUGUUCAAACUAAAACCCCAGAUCAGCUUUUAUAUUGACUGGGUUUAGUAGUUGAGGUCCCAAUUAAAACUAAUGGGAUAAUAAAAGCUAAGAGGCAUUUAUUGAGAUGGGAAAAUCUUUUUUGAUGUAGUUCUUGUAAACAAUUCAAUUCACAACAUUUUUUGCGGCUUAUCUAUUUGUUGAACCUCCUACCUCAGCAGAAGUGAAUUUCAAUUACCCAAAACUGAUUUAUUCUCUUUUUCUGUGUAUAACCGGACACAGUUUAACCACCUGUUAAACAUUUUAAACACUCUGUAAACUGUAAGGAGACAAAAUAGACAAGGAACGUAAGUUCAGAGUUUAAAUAAAGGUAGAAAAGAAAUGCUGCUAUGGGUUUCAAGUCUAGUCGGUGCCAGUAUUAUGUCAGAGAUAUGGAAACGUUUUAUGUAUUUUUAUGUAUUACAUUUUAUGGAGCAAAUAUGUGAAAUGCAAUAGAAUGAUCAAUGAAUGACAAUUCCAGUCUUCCAAGUGAAUUUGUUCACAGGCUUUAAUAUUUUGUUGUUUGUUUCUAAACAAAGUGUGACUGUGAAACAGUAACAGAUUGUGUCUGGAUAAUCAGGUGAAUGGUUGCGCUGCAAAAAGUGCAACACUGGAGCUAUUCUACAGGUUUAUGAAAGUACAGAGAAAGAUCUGCUCUUGGUAGAACCACUUCAUCACACUGUUUCUAUCUGAUAGCGCCCGUAAACAGCAGGCUUCUGAUAGAUUGAAGAGUCACUGCAUGUUACUCAUCCAUACAGGCAACCAGAGAGUUGUAUCCACUCAUAUAGAGAAAGAAAGCACUUACUUUAACACAUGCACAUUAUAGUAGUUAACACAUGCUUGAAUGUAUGUGUAUGCAGAGCAAUAGUCCAGCUAACGAAAUGUAUCUUAGUGGAAAAAAAUAUGUACGCGCACGAGUUUAGGCUGCAGCGACACACCGAUUAUCAUGACUCAACGCUUUGCCUUGUAGAGAGACAGCGUGUGCUGCCAUGCUUGUCUCAUGUGUGUAUAUUGCUUUGUAAUAGCAUAACAUGCUUUGCUUCCCGUGCCUGUUGUAUAUAAGAAUAUUCACUUUAGUUUAUAAUUCAAUUCAUUUUGUAUUUUUUUAUAUGUCACCACAUUUGUUAUGUUACGUUCACAUCUGUUAUGAAAUCUGUGGACAAAGUUCUGUGUUGAAGUUUCACACGUGAAGUUGUUUCAGAUAGUUUUUGUUGACAGAACUAUGUAGAUUGUUGACUUCAUCUACGCACUGGAUGGCCUCCAUCACCUCAUCUCUGCAAGGAUUUCCACAGAACAACUGUGGUUGGUAGUAGUGACGCAUUAAGUGUGCUGUUGAUGUGACAAAAUAAAGUCAUUAAUCAUGA